AAACAUAUAUGCAUAUAUAUAUAUACACACACACCCACAAAUCAAAAUUCAUUAUUCUCUCAUAAUUCAAAGUUUCCAGAAUUCAGUUUUGCAAUUUCAUAGAUUUGUACAAUAUCCCAGAAAGAAUUAACUGAAGAUCAUAUAUCCUGUUUGGCUAAGAUACAUAUAUAUUUUUGGCGGCAAAUAUUUGUUUGAUCAAAGAAAACUAAAAGAUGUUGGGAGAAUUGAUCAACAAUAGUCUUGUGUUAAUUCUUGGAUACGCUUAUCCGGCUUUUGAGUGUUUUAAAACCAUAGAGAGUCCAGGAGUAGGAAAUGCAGAUUUGCGGUUUUGGUGUCAAUAUUGGGUGAUUGUUGCAAUACUCACGGUGUUUGAAAGAGUUGGCGAUAUGUUCAUUUCAUGGGUACCAAUGUAUGGAGAGUUAAAGCUAGCAUUGAUCAUCUACUUAUGGUAUCCUAAAACAAAGGGUACAGGGUUUGUAUAUGAUGCAUUGUUGAGGCCAUUCAUAGUAAGACAUGAAACCGAUAUCGAAACGAGGUUAAAACAGUUUAGAGACCGAGCAUGGGAUGUGGCGAUAUAUUAUUGGCAGAAUUCGACCGAAUUAGGCCAAACAAAGUUCUUUGAUCUUUUAAACUAUGUACUUUUUAAACCCUCAACCUCAAGACCAACACCAGCACCAUCACAGGUACCAAAUGCCGGGUCUACGAAACAAAGAAACCUCCGGGGAUGGGCGGCCUCUACCGCCUCCAAUAACUCCAAGCCCGACCAUGUUCGGGUCAGAACCGGUCAAUGACCGGUGGGCACCAACGGCACCUCCGGUUCCCACUACCGACAACCACCACCACCAACACCAACACCAACACCAACACGGGUACAGCAACGAACCAACUUGGCUACGAUUUCGACGAUCAAUGGGCCUUUAAUUCCCUAAAACUAUCCAUAUCUAUCUAUCUAUCUAUCUUAAGUACAGAUUGUAAAGUAUUAUAUAAGUACCAACAACAACAACAAGAGACUUUGUAACACAAUUCUUUUUAUUAAUUCAAUUGCUUUAUCUGUU